GAUGGUUUCUGACGCUUUCGAAAAGCGUCAUAUAGGAGCGGCUUUUGGUGCUGGCUUCAAGCCCAGUGGUAAACGUCAGGCACCAAUGGAUCUUGGUAAUUGGCGAUAUGCCGAUGAAACUGAGCUACCGGGAAAACGGCAUCUAGGCGCUACUCUUAACUCUUGGAUCUCAGAUAAAAGGCAUAUUGGAGCGAGCUUGAAUCACUUUAGUCCCCUUUUGAACAAUAAAAGGCUUUACGGAUUAAGAUUGAACGGCUUUGGAAAGUCAAAUGGAAAAAAGUAA